AUGCGUACAUCGCGGGGGUUCUGCAUGUCCAUGUGGGACAGUCCCGCUUUUGAACACAACCCUCUUUCGCGGUACUGGAAACGAAUGAUGAAGCAAAAUGGUGAGACACUCACUGCUCAGAGCAUUCCACGACACAUUCACGGCUACAUUGAGGCAUCAUGCCCCCGCACCGAAGGUUUGGUGAGAUGGUUUCCAUACAAGAAGGAAAUAACGGUUGACGGACGCUAUGUUCCGACAAUUAGUGAUGUCAUUUAUAGUUAUUACUUUCCUCGUGAACUUAACGACGAUGAGCGUGUUAAGUAUGUUGCAAUCAAGACGGGUCGCUCCGAGUUGGAGGUGGCAGAGGAAGUGUUUCUUAUGCGCAAAAUGAAGUUGUUUGUCGCUCAAUUACUGCGUAACAAGCUGCGCAGUAGGCCAAUGCGUAUGCCUGAGGGGGUUGACUACUCGGGUAUUGAGCGACGUUACACGCUCGGUAUUUCAAGAGUUGCCCAAGCGAUGGGGAUGAGCAUGUACGGCACGCACUCGUACGAUCCUGUUAUUGUAUAUUCUCCGUAUUGUGACAUCGGCGACUGUAUUGACUGCAUUUGUACUAAACAGCUGCGGACGGCUACACAGUACUUGCUAUGUGAGGUGGCCGUACACCGUGGUAUCGCACGUAGUCGAAUGACGGACGUCACGAGUGAGCCGAAAGAGCCCUUGUCACACAUUGAACCCUGUCUGUUUGAGUUUAUCAAAUUGCGUUUGGCCAUCUUGGCAUUGGUAGCAAAGCAAGAGCAUUAUGUUGUGGACCACCUGUUUGAUGGGGGCCACAGGUACGGCGGCUGCUUAAUUCACCUGUUUCCCUCACCCCUCGAUCCUGAAAUUAUUGACCACGAGGUGAACCACAUCGAACUGGACCUUGACCUGGCGCAGAAAUGGAUGAAGCACUACUACGACCACUACGUGGCGCCUAGACGAUCAGGUUAA